AUGGUUCUGCAAAGUGACAAUGCUAACACAGGAACCAAACUUGGUCUCGCCGGUCUUGGCUACUCUUUGAUGGAUGAUAUGGCUUGCUAUGGUGUCUUGAGAUUCUUCAUGGAGAGUGGCGCUAAGGGAUGUGAGGUCAUUGUGAAUGGAAAGCUUCGUGCAGCACGUGCCAAGUCCAUGAAAUUCAAGGACGGUUACAUGGUUUCCUCUGGUCAACCCACCAAGGAGUACACCGACUCUGCAGUGAGACAUGUUUUGCUCAGACAUGGUGUGCUUGGAAUCAAGGUGAAGGCCAUGCUUGACUGGGACCCUAAGGGUGUAUUGGGACCAAAGACACCAUUGCCUGAUGUUGUCAUCAUCCAUGCUCCCAAGGAAGAAGAUGUCAGCUCCGCACCGGCUCAGGUGAAGGCCAUGCUUGACUGGGACCCUAAGGGUGUAUUGGGACCAAAGACACCAUUGCCUGAUGUUGUCAUCAUCCAUGCUCCCAAGGAAGAAGAUGUCAGCUCCGCACCGGCUCAGGUUGCUGCUCCGGCUGCCUUCUACCAGAAGCACCCCUCACAGCCGUAG